AGAUGUGGAGUCCUCAGUACAGAAGAGACAAGGAGCUGUUGGAAUGCAUCCAGAGGAGGGCCGCAAAAAUGAUCCAAAGGAUGGAACCUCUCCUACAGGGAUAGGCUGAGUGAGCUGAGGCUGUUCGUCCUGGAAAAGAGAGGGCUUCAGGGAGAUCUGAUAACAGCCUUUUAGUAUCUAAAUGGAAGCUACAGAAAGGGAAGAGACAGACACUUUAGCAGGGUCUGCUGUAAUAGGACAAGGAGAAAUGGUUUCAUUAUAAAUGAGUAUAGCUUUAUCGUGGAUAUAAAGAGAGUCUUUUGUAGUGAGAUAGGUGACACAUUGGAACAGGUUGCCCAGAUCUGUGGGGGAAACCAUGUCCCUAGAGACAUUAUAUUAUAUACAACUGCACUAAUGCUUAGUGGUUCUGCUGUAAUGCUUCUGUGACUUGUGAUUCUUUGCAGUGUAAAGGGAAGGCUAAACCAUUCUAAGUGCUUACAUGAUUGUAAAACCAAUCUACACUAUUUUUUAGGUCUGUAUACAGGGCAGUAGCAGAAGCAGAUGUUGCUUAUGUGCUGUCAUGUAAGCUAUUUUAAAAUGGCAUUUGGUAAACAAAAUAUCUAUUUCAGAGUUGUCAAUGCUAUUAAUUAUCUCCCGGAAUACAAUCGGAUUCUUAACUCUUAUUUUUUUUAUCAUUACACAAGUUAAUUUGCACUGACAGUUGUUAGUUGACACUUUUAUUUUUCUGAGAUGCUAGUCAUGAAUUAAUUGUAUGUAGGUAAGCAGGUGAGGUUGUUGUUAAGACAAGUCAUAAUUAAUCCCAACAACUUCCUUUUUUAAAGGUGUAUUUAAAUAGAACAUGUCCUUAUUAGGAAGUGCUUUAGUUUGCAUCUUGUUAUAAUGUUCAUUCUUAGCUAGUGGAAAAUAAAAUUGUAAUGUAAAAUGCUAUUUUAUAGCAGUAUUUACAACUUAGGAUAAAAUCACAAUUUUCUGAAUUAAAUAGUUCAGCUUUAGUCAGUUGGAAGGAAGACCCUCAUGACGUUGGUUGGUGUUCUGUUACAGCCAGUGUCUCGUCUGUUAAUAUUGGUUGCUUUAGAAAAUGGUCAUUCAAGAAUCUGUAACUGCAUAACCAGACACAGAAAUACUGUUUUAUUUGUUGCUAUGGGUUGCUUUGACCUAGAGCAGAUAGACCUAUAAGCUUCACUUUUAUGCUAUUUGGAAAUCUUCAGUGAACCCUAGAAGCAUUUACUUUUUAAGAUUUUUUUAAAUUAAUAAUAUUUUUUUUAAUCCCUUCGAUUUUUAAACUAUGAUACUACCUUACAGCACCAAUUCCUGCAGGUUAAUGAUAUACAGAAAAGCUACUUCUACAUAAGGAACUUUAGUGUACUGCAAUAAUAAUUAAAAGGGCUAGCUUUUAUGACAGCGUCUAAAUGUGCUACUUAGGAAAAGCGUACACAGAAUAUGCCUCUGUUCCUGCUUCUGACUGAGAUAUUAAGUAAAAGAAAAUUUCAUGCUACAUCAAUAUGAGAAUAAAAUUAUAUGGAACAACUUUUUGGAAAAUCCUUCGUACUAUAAUUCAUGAUAGUGCAUUGUUUGUAUGGUGCCUACAGGAAAGAUGGGGAGGAAAUGUUUUUAAGGGAGUGUAGCAACGCAACAAGGGCUGAUGGCUUUAAGCUAAAAGAGGGUAGAGUUAGAUUAGAUAUUAGGAAGAAAUUCUUUACUCAGAGGACAGUGAGGCGCUGGCACAGCUGCUCAGAGAAGCUGAGGAUGCCCCAGCCCUUGGGGUGCUCAAGUCCAGAUUGAAUGGGGCCCUGGGCAGCCUGAGCUGGUGGGGCAGCCUUGCCCACAGCAAGAAACUGUUGAGACUGGAUGAUCUUUAAGCAAACCUGCAAUCUUGAAAAUGUAAAGCCUGAAACAAAGCGGUACCUAGACAAAUCAGUUCAAGUGGGAAAAAGAAAUGGACUCCAUCUUCCUAAAGAAGUGCAACAUGAAAUAAUGACGAUGAAGAAAAAGUUAAGUGAGCUGUGUAUAGACUUCAACAAAAACCUGAAUGAGGAAAAUAUGUUUCUUGUAUUUUCCAAAGAAGAACUUGAAGGCCUGCCUGAUGACUUUAUUAAGAGUUUAGAGAAGACUGAGGAGGACAAAUAUAAAGUAACAUUAAAAUAUCCUCACUAUUUUCCUGUUAUGAAGAAGUGCUGCAUUUCAGAAACCAGGAGAAAAAUGGAAUCUGCCUUUAACACAAGAUGCAAGGAGGAGAACACCAAAAUUCUUCAGCAGUUGCUUCCACUAAGGGCAAAAGUAGCAGAGCUGCUUGGUUAUAAUACACAUGCCAACUUUGUUCUGGAGGUAAACACUGCAAAGAGCACAGAUAACGUAGCAACCUUCUUAGAUGAUUUGAGUAAGAAGCUAAAGCCGUUGGUUGAGAAGGAAAGAGAAUUCAUUCUAGACUUGAAGAAAAAGGAGUGCCAAGAGAGAAACUGUGAUUAUGAUGGAAGGAUCAAUGCGUGGGAUCUUCAUUAUUAUAUGAACAAAACAGAAGAGCUGAAGUACUCCAUAGAUCAAGAGAAGCUGAAAGAAUACUUCCCAAUUGAGGCUGUUACAGAAGGCUUAUUGAAUAUUUACCAGAAGCUGCUUGGACUUGUAUUUGAGCGAGUAGAAAGUGCUCAUGUUUGGCAUGACAGUGUUACUCUUUAUACAGUAAAGGACAGUUCAACGGGAGAAACAUUAGGGCAGUUCUAUUUGGACCUUUACCCUCGAGAGGGAAAGUAUGGGCAUGCAGCAUGCUUUGGUCUCCAGCCUGGCUGUCUUCUCUCUGAUGGCAGCAGAAUGAUGUCUGUAGCUGCUCUGGUAACCAAUUUCACAAAACCAGGAUUAGAUCGUCCAUCACUGCUGCGACAUGAUGAAGUAAAGACAUAUUUCCACGAGUUUGGUCACGUAAUGCAUCAGAUAUGUGCACAGACUGAUUUUGCCAGGUUUAGUGGAACUAAUGUGGAAACGGACUUCGUAGAGGUACCUUCACAGAUGUUUGAGAACUGGGUGUGGGAAAAAGAACCACUGCAGCAAAUGUCAAGACAUUACAAGGAUGAAAGCCAUGUUGCAGAUGCUCUCCUUGAGAAAUUAGCUGCCUCUAGACUGGCUAAUACAGGUCUUUUAACCCUCCGCCAGAUUGUUUUGAGCAAGGUUGACCAGGCGCUCCAUACAAAGCCAUCUGUUGACCCAGGAGAUGAAUAUGCCAAAUACUGUAUGGAGAUCCUAGGAAUUCCUGCAACCCCAGGAACAAACAUGCCAGCUACCUUUGGGCAUCUGGCAGGUGGUUAUGAUGGACAGUACUAUGGGUACCUCUGGAGCGAAGUGUUUUCCAUGGACAUCUUUUAUAGCUGCUUUAAGCAAGAAGGCAUAAUGAAUCCGAAGGCCGGGAUGAAAUACAGAAAUCUUAUUUUGAAACCUGGAGGAUCCUUGGAUGGGAUGGAUGUGCUUCAGAAUUUCUUGGAGCGUAAACCAAGCCAGAGAGCUUUCCUACUGAGUAAGGGACUCUGUGUUCAGUAAAACUAUGGUUCCUUUGUAGUGCACGUACGUAUGGAAUGAGCUGGAAAUGUCAACGUGUUUCAUAUUUUAACUGUGUAUCAUUUUAGACAAAUUGGGUUACUUUUCCUGAUUUUUUUAAAAAAUAAAAAUGUGAUUUUUAAAUUGCACAGGACUACAAAAUGCAAACAUCAGGGAAAAAAAAAUCUGAGAUGUGCAGAAGUUGAGAAACUUGGGUGGUAACUUCUUUUCUGAAUGGUUAUGGUACUGAUCACUAUGGGGAUAUGAUGCCUUGCUUCUCUUUUAAUAGAUGCACUUAAACUGUCUUGCAAAUGAAUCUUGAAACUGGGGAUAAAAAGGGACAUUACCAGCAAUAAAAGAAACAUUCAUUUAUGUUCUGUAUCUUUUUAUUGUAUUGAUGGCUCACAAGUGCUCCUGGUGGAGUGGAAUUGUUUGAAUUAAUUAAGUUUUCAUCCAGUUUUCUGACAAAUUCAAAGAAAGAGAACCUGGACAAGACAGCUUUACAGCACAGAUAAAUAUAUCUGAUACUUCUGUUCCGUUUUGAUGCAUGCUAAACUCUUGUAUUAUUUAUAAACUUAUGCAGCAUAGAAGUCAGGUGGCUCCAGACCCCCCCACCGCUGCAGGCACUCACAUACCCUCGUGGCUCACCCACUGCUUCAGGCUGUGACCGUGGAGUUCCACUACACCUGGGCAGCCUGUAUCAGCACCUCACAUUUCUCUGAGUAAAGAAUUUCCCUCUAACAUCUAACCUAAAUCUCCCCUCUUUUAGUUUAAAGCCAUUCAUCCUUGUCCUGUCAGACUGUGAAAACUUAAGUCAGUUCCAAUGCUUGUAAUCAAUUACAGUUUUAGACCUGAGUUCUGCAAGGUCAUCUGCAAGUGAUACAUAAAAAUUGCAUAUAUUAGAACCUCUUGAACAGUAUUCAGUAGAACAAGUAUAAAGGAAAGCUAAGAAAGCUGAUGAAUUCAAGAUUAUCUUUUAUUUGAUUAGUUUCCAUUACAUUCUGAUGAUAUUUGUGAGCAUUUUGCUUUCAUUUUGAAUAAGCUUUUUUAAAUUCUUGUGAUCCUAUCCUAUGAAAGGUAUUUUUCCAUUCACCUUGCAAUGAACUAAAAUACUCUAAAAAUACGUUUAGUAGCACAUUCCAAAUCUAAGUAACAAGAGUCCUAUUAAGACAUGAAAUGUAGUGUUUCUUCUGCAGCUGCCAGGCAGACUUCCACAUGAGGGAGACCUUUCUCUGCAAUAAAACAGCAGACUCCUAUCAGGGUAGAUAGAUGCAAAUGCAGUAGUUAAAAGCAAAAAAAAAAAAAGUGAU